AUAAGGAGAAAGCCAGAGAAUUCCAUAUUAUUGCUGGGGUUAGGUCCAUAAGGAAAUCCUUAAAAAAUAUUUCUGUUGCAGCAAUGGCCGCCGCACUCCAGUCGAACCAUCAGAAGCUCGUCAAUCUCACCAGACUCCUCACCUCCUACGUGAACAAUGGCCGCCACCACCAAGCCCUCACCCUCUUCUCCCAAAUGUUCGCCGCGCCGGACCUCGUCCUCGACCCAUUCGCCUUCCCCCUAGCCCUUAAAUCCUCCGCAGCCCUCCGCCUUCCCAGCUCCAUCGCUUCCCUCCAUACUCACUCUCUCAAGUCCGGCCUCCUCUCCAACCCCUUCAUCUCCUCCUCCCUCGUCGAUGCCUAUGGGAAGUGCGUCUCUUUGGCGGACGCCCGCCAGGCAUUCGACGAAUCUCCCCAAAGGAACGCUGUCGUCUGGAACGCCAUGAUCUCUCUCUACUCACACGCGAACGAUAUCGCCAAUGCUCUGAAACUGUUGGAGGUCAUGGACGUUCCCUCCACGGAGUCUUCCUACAAUCCCAUAAUCGCAGCUCUUUCAGAGUCCGAAGACAGCUCCGGUCGAGCAAUGGAGUUUUACGAGAGAAUGCGGGCCUCUGGUUUGAGACCUAACCUCAUGACGCUUCUCGCUCUCCUUCCAGUUUGUCUCACCAUAGGCUCGCUGAGCUCAAUCAAAGAGAUCCACUGUUACGGUUUCCGAAGCUGCAUCGACAGAAACGCCCACCUCGGAAGCAUGCUGGUCGAAGCCUAUGGCCGGUGCGGUUGUCUGGUCUAUGCCCGUGAAGUAUUCGACCAAAUGCCUGACAGGGAUGUGGUCGUCUGGAGCUCCAUGGUUUCUGCUUACGCUUUCCAUGGUGACGCUGGCAAUGCAAUGCAUGUCUUUCGAGAAAUGGAAGCCGACGGCGUGCAUCCGGAUGGGAUCAUGUUCCUUGCCGUUCUGAAGGCCUGCAGCCAUGCUGGUCUUGCCGAUGAUGCAUUGAGGUACUUCGAGGUCAUCACCAAGGUUCACGGCUUAGAAGCUGGGAGCGAUCAUUACUCGUGUUUGGUGGAUGUUAUGAGCAGAGCUGGGAGAGUUUGGGAGGGGUAUGAAAUUCUAGUGAACAUGCCCGUAAAGGCAACUGCGAGGGCAUGGGGGGCACUGCUGGGGGCUUGCAGGAAAUACGGAGAUGUUAAGCUCGCAGAGAUUGCAGCAAAAGAGCUGUUUGCGAUAGAGCCGGAAAAUUCUGGGAAUUUUAUGUUGUUGGCCAAUACUUACGCUGCGGUUGGGAGGUUUGAGGAGGCCGAGAAGAUAAGGAGGGAGAUGGAGGAGAGAAGAGUGAAGAGGCCACCGGGUAGUAGCUGGGUUAUGUCGAGAAAGGAUGUGGGUUAUGGUGCUCAACGUGAGUGUCAUUUAUAAAGGGAAAUGGCUCGUGAGCUUAUAGCUUGUGUCUACCAUUUCAUGGUGAUCGAUCUUAUUGUUCAAGGAGAUUGAGAUUUGGAAUUCUAUUCAUGUAAAAGAGAGUGUAAAUAUCAUUAUUGGUUGAGGAUUGGAUGCUGCUCUGGUUGGAAGGUACGGUGAAAGGUAGCUCAGAAGAAAGGAAGCUAUAUAGAAGAAGAUUGAGAUCAGCAGGUUUUUAUUUUUGCGUCAAAUGUUUUUGAAAGAGUGACCGAAGUUAUCCAGGUAUUUGGAAAUCUCCAUGACGUGUAAGCGGAGGGCACUAGAUUCCCUUGUUUCAGAAGAUCUGAUUACCGGCUGGAGGCGACUCGAGCUGGUCAAAUAGUGAAUUGACACGUGGUCAACCCUUCAUAUCGACGUGUCCCAUUUUGAUUGGUCGUCUUCGGCCUGCUAUUUUGAAAACCUAACACUCACGUCAAUUAAGCUUUCGGUUAAAUAAGCCUUCAAGAAAUUACAUUUUCCUCGUGCUGUUUAAAAAAUGAAAAUAAAUUUACAAACAUGCCCCCCCCACAAUUUUUAAGUAUUGACAUA